AAAAGUUGUACCAGUAAAUUUACCCUCACUGGACCUUAUUAGAUAAAUAUCAACAGUUGCACCUGAUCCUUUUUUUAGUUCAUUCUCAGUUCUUUUUUUCUAAUAACUUUUACAUUUCGCUCUAUUCGCGCUUAUUUACCUAGAUUUUGCAAUUGGCCGCAUUUUCUUGCAUAGAGAAAAGUAACUCCCAGUAAAGCUUGACCUUUCGUUAGAUAAACCCGACUUUACAACACUUUGAAACCUUUUCAGCCUUUAAACAAGAGGCCUUGUACCCAAAUAAAAAAAAUACAGAAACAACUAAAGCUAGAAUAUAGUAUAAACGUCUGUACUGUAAAUCAUGAUCCAGCAAAUGAUUAAUUUGGAAACCUUAUCAGAGUAUUUCCAUCUACCAAUUACUGAAGUUGCUAGAAAAAUUGGUGUCUGUGCAACUGUACUAAAGAAAAUAUGUCGGAAGAAUGGCAUCCCAAGAUGGCCUCAUCGCAAAAUUAAAAGCUUAGAUAAGAUGAUAUCGACUUUGGAAUCGAUGCACAUGAAGUCUCCGGCACAGAGAGAGCGUAUUGAAAAGGAAAUUGCAGUUUUGCGCAGCAACAAAGAUUAUUUAAUGAAAAAUCCCAGUGUUAUUACUCAAAAUUCUAAUUUAAAAAGAAAGCGUUACAGUGACCCAUUGAAGCAGACAAGCUCUUUUGAUCUAAAUGAGCCUGGAUCGCCAGACAAAAGCUAUUCCUACGACCAAGAUCAGAGUCAAAAUUCAGUUGUUUUAGACAAAUCUACAAGCGAGCACAACGCUUCGUUUAAGUCAGGAGUUGAACCCCUAUAUUUGAAUCUAUCGAAUAUACCUCUGUCUGCUUCAAACGACAGAUAUGGUAUAUACCGAGUUUCCCGCAUAUCUGGUUUGAAGAGAGCCAAAGUCAGGGAGCGCAGUAAUAGUUUUUGUGAACAGCAGCAAAAAGCAAAAAGGCUGAAAGUGACAGAUAAAUCAAAGGCGGCAGGUCCAGAUAUCACAGCAAGUACAUUGUAUCAAGCGCAUUCCUACCCAUUUAAUGGCUUCACGUUUCCAUUGCCAUGCCAAAAUGUUUAUAAUUCCGAUAUGACCCCUUCAGAGGCUCAACAACAGCUUCUGGUUGGAUUCCCCAGACAUAUGAAUUAUUUGUUGCAGCCAGCAUACAUUUCCAACUACUCUAUCAACAAUUCGUCUGUCUCUACACAAUACAUGUCUUUACACAUGCUACCUAUCGAUGAGAGCUUGUCUGAAAAUGAGUUUUUAAUAUCAUCUUUUCCGAACAAAAACCUGUCACAGGAUGCAUUCUACUCAUCAUCUGUCGAGGCAUGUUCAUCUAAUUCAUCUAGCCCCUCAGAAUCUCUUCCUGAUUCAAAAGAAACACCAAUUGAUCAGCCGGCUUCCUCCGCUGUUGCUGACGAGGGCACGAUGUCGUUGAUGCAGUUGGCCAUGGCUGUAGAAAGUGACCUUGAAACGCUUUCACCUUGUGACAAAAAUUCUGAAGAGCGCUCUGAGAACAAAUGCUCACUCUCAUCCAUCGAAGAAAGUUCGGUUUCUGAAGGAUACAUUCCAAAAGUUACUGUCAUUCCUGGUGUUGACACAAUUCUUAUUAGCAGCGACUACUUCAAGCAAUCGUCCUGUGCUCUCUCAAGGCCUCCUUGCUCACUAUCAGUAAGUAAGAUACAAGAUCCUGCGCUGGUUGCAUAGACGCGCUUUCAGAUGUCUCUUUUUUUUGACUGCAGGCUAUAUAUUAUUGCAACAACACAUGAAUUAGAUACACUUUUGUCAAUGUAUCGUACGCUACAUACUUCGCGCUCUAGACAUGUCAUGCGUUUAGCAUCCCCUACAUUAGAUGCACCGGAUAAACUGUUCUAUAUCAUUCUUCACGUCUCACAGAUUUAAAUUUUCCAAUAAAAUAGGGAAGACCAACUUGUUAGGUGUUAGACAGUUUGAAUCUCAGACGAUUAUAACUAUUCUGUUUCCUAAAGUUGUUUUUGUUGGUCUAGAAUCCUCUAGAUAUUCAAUCUAGGGUCUCAUUAUGCGAAGCUUAAGUCCAGUUGGUAGACAUAUCCUGCGAGGGGGCAAGUUGGACAGAUUUUAUAGCUCAUUUUGUGCUACAUAUGAUAUGGUCCUUUUCUCAAAUUUUUGAAUUGUGGUCUCAUCAUGUUGAUUAUUGGUGGCUCAAUGAAACACAAGUUUUGAACCGAGCACAACCACUGCGACCAGCAAGAGUCUGCUGGAUAACAGGGCAAUUGCAUUGCCUUGAAAUUUGAGCAGAGAGAGUAUAAUAUAACGUAUUAUUUGAACAAUAUCUUGUUUUUUUUUGAGGUUAUUGAUAGGUUCCAUCUCAGAAGAUGUUUAUCAGAGAAGGAGCGCAUAUUGCUUUUUGCCAAUCGGUUGAGAACAGUUGUGUGAAUCGAGAGAGGGCCUUCGCGUAUGUACACGAAGGGGGGGUUCCUAGAUAGGGUGCAGUUCAUACACUGUAUCGACCGCGAUCUAUUGGCAAUAGCAAACGGCAGUUCUAGGUUCUAUUUGAAUGUGUUUGCUAAACAUUUUUCGGAUGGGUUUGCCUGCUCAUCGGUCUUUUUCCAUUCAAUCAGACCUUUCCAGAAUUCGCGAGCUCUGUAAUACUUUCUUUUGUCCUUUCUGAUAAUCGCCACGAUAUCUUCUGGCAGAAUGGUUUGACGAUUAGGAGAUGAAAGUUCAUUGGCCUUUAAGGCAAGUUCCUUGAUGAAGAUGAUUGUCAAUUCCUUGACCAAGGCUUUGCUUUCUUCCAGGGGUUUUGGAUCGUCGCCAAACCCAUACAUGAU